GCCGCUCCAGUCGCAAGUCGGAGACGGACUUGGCUGCUGCUUUUGUGGGACUGAGACGCCUCUGCUGCCAGGAUGGCCGAAGCUGCCAAGAUUGAACUGUUUGUCAAGGCAAGUGAAGAUGGCAAGAGCAUCGGGAACUGCCCGUUCUGCCAGCGCCUCUUCAUGAUUCUCUGGCUAAAGGGGGUCAACUUCACGCUGACCACAGUGGACGUGAAAAGGGCCCCCGAUUUCUUGAAGAGCCUUGCCCCGGGAACUCAACCUCCCUUCCUGAUGUAUGAUGGGGAAGUGAAGACGGACAGCAAUAAGAUUGAGGAGUUUCUGGAGGGCACCCUGGCCCCGCCUAAGUAUCCCAAACUCUUCCCCCGCUACAAGGAGAGCAACGAAGCUGGUAAUGACAUCUUCCACCGAUUCUCGGCCUACAUCAAGAAUCACAGUCCCCAGAUGAAUGAGACUCUGGAGAGGAACUUCCUGAAGACCCUGAUUAAACUGGACAAGUUUCUAACCACACCGCUUCCUCAUGAGCUGGAGCAAAACCCCAACGUUACUGUGUCUCAACGGGACUUUCUGGAUGGCAACGAUCUCACACUUGCCGACUGUAACCUGCUCCCCAAGCUCCACAUUGUGAAGGUGGUGUGCCAAAAAUACCGCAAUUUUGUUAUCCCAAGCAUGCUGUCAGGACUUAAGCGCUACCUGGACAAUGCGUAUAAGAGGGAGGAGUUCAGCAACACCUGUCCUGCAGAUGAAGAGAUCCUGUCAGUCUACUCCACUGUCGCUCAGUACCUAAAGUAGGAGCUGUGAUGAUCAACAGGCCGGUGGCCAGAUGGACUGCCCCCCCUUACACCACCCCUGUGCUUCACUGCUCUGUUUCCAUUUUCUCACUUAGGGUUGUGUUUCCUUGUCUGUAUAAACAGUUGCCAUCCUCCACAAGUCAACAGACCCCCGUUGGAUGGAACAGAAAGGCACUCGGAGGAUCAGAUUGACUUUUGUGGGCCCUUUUCUCUCCCUACUUGCGAAGAAGUGGACAAUGCGCUGCUCUUUAUAGUAAAGCUGGACUUUGCACAGGUAUUUGUUUGAAGGAAGGAUGUUUGAAAGACCCUCUUCAUCACUUGUCAGCUAAGCUCAGCUGGUAGUAGCUGUUCUCUCCACUCUCAUCAUUUGUCAGAUGGCAUGUGCUCUUGACGGUGCACUCUUCCUCAGUGCUUGUUCGUCAGUUGCCAUCAUUAGUGGGCUCUUUGCUCAUAGAUGCCACUGGUUUCAGAUGGACACCCCCACAGAUGAGCCCGACUCCGCUUUGUCCGACUUGUCCUGCCACGCCUGCUCUUCCAACCUGUCACACUUCCUUCUCCUUUGCCACUCAUUUCGGUCUUUUGUUAUAUAGCACACAAUGCACAACAUCACAAUUGACGAGUUCUGUGCUGCAGCUGUCUUUUAUUCAUUUUGUCGUCGUUGUUAAUUUUAUUAUUGUCGUUCAUCAGCUGACUUUUUAUAUGCCUAAUGUAUAGAUGUUUAUUGCUAAAAGGGAAGAAAGAAUUAAAAAUCACACAACUUGACAAAUGGG